CCACUUCCUCCGUAUUUCUCUCUAUUAAAACAGAACCGACACAGUCAUUUCAUCGAACACCUAGAAAUCGCAACUCCAUUUGCGUUAUUUUCUCGAGAAAAUCUCGAUUUUCCAUGAUUUAAGGCAGCAUGCGAUUCCCUGAUGAAGCUGAUCCGCCGAAGCUCUCUUUAUUUUCGCUCCCAAACAAGCCAAAUCAGGAGCCGCCAGGGAUGCUAACGCCACCACUCAGAACCUCGGUGUCAGUGCCGUUUCAGUGGGAGGAAGUGCCAGGAAGACCCAGGCCCAGUACCAUCACCGACGCGGAGCCCAAGCCCAAGACCGCUCGGAGCUUGGACCUGCCACCGAGACUGUUAAUCAACGAGGCUAACUCGCCUACAACCGUCUUGGACGGGCCGUAUAUAAGUAAAGGAGGGUGGUCGUCGAAGUCGACGUCGUUUAGGAGGAGCCCAUCGGAGAUUUGGGGGCCCAAGAAGGAUAGGCCGGCCAUAUUAUUUGGUUCCACAAGGUGGGGGAGUUUGAAGAAGAGUACUAAAGAGGCUGUUGGGAAUAGUUCUGAGCACUUUUCAUCAUCGUCAGUGGCUGCCGAUAAAAGCAGUGAGGGUUCUGCUGGUGAUCCAAAAGUAAGGAUCACAAGAAUCAGGAGAAGAACAAGUUUUAUGAGUUUUUCUGACAAAUCAACAAGAUCACAUAUGUGGGCAAGCUUUUAUGAUAGUUUUAAGCAAGUGGUCCCAUGGAGACGUAGACAUUAGAGAGGAGAAAAUGAUGUAUUGCCUACGUUUGAUCUUCUUGAUCGAACCUCAUCGUCCAUGACUAUUUGAUUGUAAUAAUUGAAGUUCAUAACAUCUACCAUGACCCUCUGGCUUUCCAUUAAAUCAUCAAAUGUGUAAUCUGUGGCCCAAAUUUCCUCUCUGAUAUCAACUUAAUUACCAGUCAAUUUGCUCUACUGUACAUAUAUAGUGUACUUUAAAGAUUUCAAUUGCAAGGCAUUAGUUUUUCUUUGA